UGCACCAAAAUCUUUAUUAAAGCCGGGUUUUCUAAAGAUUUUCUUCAGGAUCGCCGAGGCCAAUUUCACUCAAGUCUCAUCUCCUUUUAUUUUCUCCAAUCACUGUUUUUCCAGAGUGCAAUGAGCCGUGGAGUGGCCAAAAGAGAAACAGGGAAGAAAAAAGAAGAAGCAAGUUCUUAGACACACAGUGAAAAAAGCAACCACCAACUGUUAUUAAAUGAUUGAAAGAAAAUAUUAACCCAACCCAUUAUGUGCUUUUUCUAAUGUGGAAAAAGAAGAAGAGAAUUCCAACCAGUCGGAGACGACAGAAUUGGACCAAGGAAAUUCAUAACUUUCUGUUAUGAAAAUCCAGCAUCCUGGUUGUCCAACUCAUUCACAUCCCAAUUAGUUCUGCUGUUGUUUUACCAAUCUGAUGUCAUACAUGGCUACUGAUGGCAAUGCUCUUCAGGUUCCUUUGCGUCAGAAGCCGAGGAAGAAAACUCAAGGUUUUUUCACGAUGAGUCGGAGGAGGAUAUCAUGUAAAGAUCUGGGACACGCGGACUGCCAAGGAUGGCUAUAUAAGAAAAAGGAAAAAGGAAGUUUCCUAAGCAACAAAUGGAAAAAGUUCUGGGUGGUACUGAAGGGGUCGUCGCUGUACUGGUAUAGCAAUCAAAUGGCAGAGAAAGCUGAUGGAUUUGUCAACUUGCCUGAUUUCACUGUUGAAAGAGCAUCUGAAUGCAAGAAAAAGCAUGCUUUCAAGGUCAACCAUCCACAGAUCAAGGCCUUUUAUUUUGCAGCCGAGAACAUGCAGGAAAUGAAUGUGUGGUUAAAUAAACUUGGAUUAGCUGUAAUCCAUCAUGAAGCCACCACAAAGGAUGAAGAAUGUUACAGUGAAAGUGAACAGGAAGAUCCUGAAAUCGCCACGGAGACACCACCCCCUCCCUACUCCUCCCAGACCCAGUCUCCUUCAGUAUGUGCAGAUGCUGGACAGCAGGCAUCUUCAUCUUCACCCAAAUCAAGUGAAACAUCGUGUUCUUUCUCGUCCCUGGAAAACUCAACAAAGACACCCAGCGGGUUUUCUUCCUCCUCAUCUAAAGAAAGACAGUCCUGGCUUGACAUAGUUAACAGUUCAUCUGCUGCUGAAGGUUUGGGACAGUCUGUGACAUUUGCUGUGCAGCUUCAUUCCCCUGUACCCUCGGAGGCAAGCGGCCUCAAGGCCCUGGACAACAGUUCUGUCACAUCAGAAAGUGGAUUUUUGAACUCUUUAUCUAGCGAUGACACUUCUUCGUUGAGUAGCAACCAAGACCAUCUAACCAUCCCGGAUAAGCCUACAGGAUCAAAGAUCAUGGACAGAGAAGAAACAAAAGCAUCUGAAGAUGAUGAAAUGGAGAAGCUAUACAAAUCAUUAGAGCAAGCUAGUCUGUCUCCUCUUGGGGACCGACGACCUUCAACCAAAAAGGAACUGAGAAAGUCCUUUGUUAAGCGUUGCAAAAAUCCAUCCAUAAAUGAGAAACUCCACAAAAUCCGAACUUUGAAUAGCACUUUAAAGUGUAAAGAACACGAUCUGGCCAUGAUUAACCAGUUGCUGGACGAUCCGAAGCUGACGGCCAGGAAGUACAGAGAGUGGAAGGUCAUGAACACUCUGCUGAUUCAGGACAUCUAUCAGCAGCAGCCGGCCACGCCUGCCCCUGAAGACACCCCCCAGGAACUCGAGAAACCACCUUCCUCAGCCUGUUGUUGAAUAUUCUGUCAGAAGAAGCUAGGAUUUUCUCCUAUUACAUUUUACCACAAGCCAGUCUUCAAGAUGCUGCAAGAGCUCACAUUUUUUCCUUAAAAGGAAAACUGAAACCCUGGCCCUCAAAUAUCAACUCCCCGCUCUAAAGAUACAACUUAGAUGAAGACAGUCACCAAAUACAGCCAGAUUCCUCAUUCCAAUAGAAGUACAGCUGUCGAAACUGGAAUGAUGGAGUUCAGGAUAUUUUUUGUGUGUUCGUACUGGGAGUGCUCAGAGUGAUGCUAGGCUCUGGGUGGGAUGUGAGAAAUAGAUCUUCUGUUCCUGGCUUUCAUGAGAAUUACAAUAAUCUAUGGAUGAAAAACAAGUUUUACCAGGGAUAAUUAUUCAUAGAAACAUUCUGUUUUCCAAAAGAAGAAUGUACAUAUUCCACCUGAUUGGGUAGAUGAGUGCCCCAAAUCGUUUUUUGAGUGGAGGACUAUUUUCCAUAGCAGCAAGUGGAGCAGGACCAAUGUGGUAUUGUGGAACAAAUAUUUCUUGCUUUUGAUAGAAAAUGAUGGCGACUUUUCUGCUUGUGGAGAAAAUACUUCAUAGACAGUGGUGUGUGGGAGAGCCGAAGGAGGAAGUGUGUUCUACAUUCCACUUGCUCAAAGGACAGCUUGGUAUUUUCACACUUCACCCAGGAUGGGCAAUCUGAUUAAUGUCUCUUUUCCUCACAACAGCUAGAGAAAACUAUCUCAUCACAGUUAGAGACCUCUACUCCCUCCUAGCUUCCCUACGCAACUGUAGGAGAUGGUAACGAACCCAGCAAGGAAUGGUAGCUGCUUUUGUCCUUGGCUGUGGUGCCUAAUUACAGUAUGGUUUCAUAUCCAGGUUUCCUGGGAUCACUAUUGACAAAAUGAU